CGCAUCACUUUUAAGGGCGUUAUCGGCCGUUUGAAACAUAAACAAUCGUAUAAAAUCCUUAAGAGUGAUGUCCCUCGGUGUUUGUAAUAUGAAUAACUUUACAAACUAAACAACCACACUAAAGAAUAUCAGUUUAUUAACAUAUCAAAUUAUUGUUAACAUAUCCUGUGAAUAUCAUAGUUAAAAACUUAGUUUUAAUGUGAUGUGUGUGUCUGUAAUUAAUAAUAAGGGAAGGCUGCGAUUGGCGACCGCUGUUCAAGUUGGCCGUUGAUAUCGACCAAUGGUGGGGGCGGUACUGCGCAGCCGUAGCGAAGGCUGUAGCGGCGCGGGUCCGCUACGAGCCACAGACGCUACCCCGGAUCUGCUACGCCUAGCGACUGAAAAAAUGCACUAGUGAUGUGUAAUUGCAUUACAUGAAGGUCAUCAGGCUGCUGAAAUGCAGGGGCUCCAAGCCGCGAAAGAGAAGGCAUCAAGCCUCUUCGCCAGCAAACCUUUAAUACUCAAAAACCAGCAAUAUGAAAACUUCCAUGUGGAACAGAAGGGCUAUGAUCAGAUGUACGAUGGCGAAGACCUGGAAACACCGCCGUCACCCGAAAGACCACCUCCGCGACACAUAGACAAAUAUGUUCGGGCGGAAUGCCCCUGCCUAACCGCUCGAUAUACUGUGGCUCUGCUGGCAUGUUUCGGGUUCAGCAUCAUGUUUGGAAUGAGGUGUAACAUGAGUAUGGCCAAACUUAAAAUGACGGAAAAACAUAAUACAUCAAGUGGAGUAAGAGAAGACACACCCUUCAACUGGAGUGUGAGUGUUGAAUCGUCUAUUGACUCAUCCUAUUUCGCUGGGUACCUGAUAACACAGGUGCCUGGAGGUUACCUGGCGUCCAUGUAUCCGGCUAACAGGAUCUUUGGAGCGGCAAUAUUUGCGUCCGCCAUUUUCAACAUGGCAAUUCCUGGAGCGAUGUCCUUAGGACCAGCAGCCGUUGUUAUGUUAAAAGUUGCCCAGGGUUUUGUCGAGGGUGUGACUUACCCUUCUUGCCAUGGAAUUUGGAGGAUGUGGGCUCCGCCUAUGGAAAGAUCUAGACUUGCAACAUUAGCUUUCUGUGGUACCUACGCGGGAAUUGUCAUAGGAAUGCCACUCUCUGGCGUUCUCACAGAUUACAUCUCUUGGCAAACACCAUUUUACUUCUACGGAAUAUCUGGUAUAAUCUGGUACGUCCUAUGGUUGUGGCUUGUAUUUGAACGCCCUAGCAAGCACCCACACAUCACAGGCAAAGAGUUAGCAUACAUUGAGCAAUCAUUGGGUACCGCGUCUCAAGCUGCCAUGCCUGGAUUCUGGUCUACACCUUGGAAGGAGUUCGCUACGUCAGCACCGGUGUACGCUAUCAUCGUGGCCAACUUCUGUAGAACCUGGAACUUCUGCUUAUUAGUAAUCUUUCAGUCGGCAUAUUUCAACACACGAUUUAAUAUGCAAAUUACUGAGUCUGGUUUUGUCGGUGCCAUACCUCACUUGAUCAUGACGUCCCUCGUGCCCAUCGGGGGGAUGAUGGCGGAUUAUCUUCGCAAAAACAAUAUAAUGACUACAACUAACGUGAGGAAACUAUUCAACUGCGGAGGAUUUGGACUGGAGGCAUUUUUCUUUGUUCUCGUCGCGUAUGCUGAUAACAAAUACGUUGCAACGAUAGAACUGACUCUUGGAGUAGCAUGCAGUGGAUUCGCAAUUUCUGGAUACAAUGUGAAUCACUUAGACAUCGCACCGCGAUAUGCCUCUAUUUUGAUGGGACUUUCCAAUGGUAUCGGAACUAUAGCUGGCUUCGUGGUGCCAAUUGUGAUUGAUUAUAUGACACAAGAGAAGGAUAAAUUAGAAAAAGCCAUAACAGAAUGGCGUGAAGUAUUCCUGAUGGGGGCGACAGUACACUUCAUAGGCAUCACGAUUUACGGCAUAUUUGCUUCCGGAGAGCUGCAGCCUUGGGCGGAUCCCCCACCAACUGCCUAUGAUGCCCCCAUGAAACCUAUAUCAGACCAGGAAACAACAUUUUCGGAACAGCCUUCAGCCCCACUGAAGGGCUCAGAGCCGCCAGCAUACGGUGCCAUUGCACCGCCCCGCCCGCCCGCGCCCCAGCCGCAUGUCCCCAACAAUCCAUUUGUAUCCGGGGCAUUGUACCAAGCUGAACCUAUACAGCCUCCAGCGGAGUCCUACCAGGAUCUGACUGAUGAUGGCACAUAUUAAACUUUAACCUUCGGUCAAAAUACGCUACAACAUGUAAGGUAAUGAUUGAACUUAUUGAAAAGACUUAUUCUUAUCUGUCUUAUUUUUCUUUAACGAAAGUUGUCUCUUUUCAUGAUGCUUAGUUGUGAGUAACAGUGUACGAACAUUAAUGUAGGUUAUAAGGGUGAUCUCUAUUCCAAUAUGAUAUUACUCAUACCUACGUUACACUAAUAAACUCAUUUCAAAUAUAUCUCGAUAAAGCAGAUCUAAUGGAUUUACAACUAUUUUGUGAUUUACAUAUUAAAUUUAUCCCAACUAUUUGCAGCGUUUAACAAUAAAAAAGUGUAAUUGUUUUUUAUAUAUCGCUUCAUUAGCAGACCCGGUUGCCUCUGGGCAUUUAUUUUUUUAAACAUGUUGCAAAUUAACAGGCGCACGCAUGUCACUCAGAGAUAACUCUAUAAUUUAUUGAUAAAUCUAAUAGAAUUUUUGAGAUCUACCGAUUGAGUUCAACUCAUAAUAUUUUGAUUAACAAAAAAUAUACAAAACACAAAUUUUUCCUCUAUAUAAUAGUAGAUAAAGUAAAUCGUAGUGUAUUUUGACCUCAAAAACAUGGCGUUGCAGUUUCGGGGUACGUCUACUAUUUUUUACAAUUAGGUAGAAAAAUAUGUAUUGUUCUUCAUAUGUUAGCUUUUAUCAAUAUAGAUGUCCUAUAAAGUUAAUAAAUCCAAAUUUUAUUUGUUGUUUAUCUUUAAAACGCUGAUUACGCUUAGGAUAAACGUUUUCGAUUCGUCAUCUGUUGUUAUUAAACGUUUUGUACAAAAAUGUAGAUAUACAUUGCGAUGUUUUUGCAUAUCAUGUAUCAAACCCUGUUUAGUAUUAGUAUGUAUGUUUGCUUCUUGUAAAGCUUUCAUUUGUUGGAAGAAAUAUUUAAAAAUUCAAUUCAUAUGGAGAACAAAAAAAUAUGUUUAUACAAGUUUAGACUAAGCUUUAACACCCCAAAAACAAGUUUACGUGCGACUAAACUUGAAAUGUGCUUCAGAUUUUGACAGUCACAGCCCAAUUCACUAGAAUAGUGACAACCAGAUAUUGAUCUCUUUUCAACACAGCUUAAAUUUAAUUCAACAGUAAGAGAUACUUUAUUAAAAACUGUGCCAUGAUAAUAUAUGCUAGUUCGCACUUAAACUUGUGUGAAUGUUUAGGAUAUUUGUUUGAAACCUUCCUCCUAUUUCUGUCUCGUCCUUGUUGCUACAUGUCAUACCUACUUGUUGAAAAAUAUUUAUAAUAUACUCUUACAUUGAUAUGAACGAAAUACUUUUUAAUAUUAUAGAAUUGUAUGUACUUCAAAUUAUAAAAUAAAUGUAUGAUAGGCGUAGAAAUUUAUCUAAAAUGUUGAGAUAAAGGAAGUAAUGUAAUCAUCUUUCUGUUUAAAACAUUUUUUUAUCUGUUUCUUUACGGGUCUUAAUCAUUGAACGAUAAAAAUUCUAUCCCUUUGUCAGUGAAAACUUCACUUAAUAUUAUUUAAUAUAGUAUUGAAUCUUAUAAUAAUUAUUCAUAUAAAUAUAUAGUUACUGCAAAUUGUAAGUAUCGCUUUGACAAAACAAAAAAUCUAAAAAAAAAUGCGUAGAUUGGUGUCAAUAUUGUACAUUAUUAAUCAAAAUUGAUUGCUUUUAAACAUUGUAUUAUUAAGCUAAGCACAUAACCAGGUGUUUUCAGUGUUACGUAUAUACCGCUUGUCUAUGUAGACAAGAACUACUUAAAGUAGAAAAUGUAGAUGUAAAUAACUCGAUAAUAUGUUAGAGACAGGUUACCUUCAGACAAGGUACGAUUUAUCUUUAGUGGUAAAAAAUAACAAUUUAAAUUUGAGAAGUAUAAUUUAUGGUGGUGACAGCAAUUGUUAAAACGCACAUUAUGAGAUAAGUCGUAUUAGGUAUCGUAUACAUAUAACCUUUUUAAAUAUUUGGUAUAAAAUACUAUUUUAUUUAUUUUUUCACUAGGGUAGCACUUUCGAAAUAAGAUAGAAAUUAUAGUACAGUUAUAAUCACUGGCAAUCUGUCUUCAGGCCAGCCUUAUGAACGUACCCAUGAGCUCAAAGUCAAAUCAUUUAAUUCAAUAAGGCCUAUUAAAAAGGCACUUUUAAAAGUCCAAAUUGAAAAAUAUUUUUGAAAAUGACUCUAGUUGCCUCUUCCAAAGGGCGACAAAAGCACUGAAACAAUUUUUUGUGUAUAUUCUUUUGAACAAAAAACAACUACUACAGCAGAUAACUCAAUUAUUAUGUAGAUAGUACAUGGCUCACAUGUUUACAAAUAUUGCAAACUAUAGAUUUCACAUUAUUAUUCAGAAAAAUAAAUAAUUAACAUACAUUUAAACAUCGAGGGACCUAAAGAAGAGGCAAAAGAAAAGGAAAUAUUUACCGUUGAUUUUAUCUAGCUUUGUGGUAGAGAGCCCGUUUCGUAUCACUUAACAUCAGAUGAUAUCCUAUUUAUUUUAAUUCUAUUUUUAAAAGGCUAUAUUGAAUACGAUGCUGAUAAUAAAUUGACAAUACUCUAUUUUUGACAAUAACGUGCGAAUAAAGACAAUAAGUUGAUAAAACAACGCUUGGUAUUUUGUAUGACAAGUAAAAUUUUUCAUUCGAAGUACAUUUUCAUAUAGAUUUAGCACUAUUGCUUAAGUGCGAACAACAUUAUUAAUAAAGACAGAACCUAUACAAUUGUUAGAUUUAUUUUUAAUUUUAAGUUAGAUAUAACAGAUAAGAUUCUACACUUGUGUGUAAUAAAUUUUGGUCAAAUAUAUCCUUUUAAUGGUAGUAAUUAUGUGAUUGUAUAUAGAAAUUAUGACAAUAAUGUCGUAGGUAGUAUCAGAAUGCAAUAUUACUUAAAUUUUGGGUUAGACUCGAAUUUGUAUAUUUAUAGAAUAAUUUUGGAUUAUUAAAGUAUA